ACCCCUGGGGUUGCUGCUGACCUGAGCCACAUUGAGACGCGAGCUGAAGUCACAGGCUUUCUCGGCCCAGAUCAGCUCCAUGAAUGCUUGAAGGAUGCAGACGUUGUAGUCAUUCCCGCUGGAGUACCAAGAAAACCAGGCAUGACACGCGACGACCUGUUUAAUACCAAUGCUACCAUUGUGGCAAACCUGACCGAAGCAUGUGCCAAACACUGUCCUGAGGCCAUGAUCUGCAUCAUUUCCAACCCGGUGAACUCAACAAUUCCAAUCACCUCAGAAGUUUUUAAGAAGCAUGGUGUCUACAAUCCCAACCGCAUCUUUGGUGUUACCACAUUGGAUAUUGUGAGAGCGAACACCUUUGUUGCAGAGCUAAAGGGGUUGGAUCCAGCUCGUGUCAAUGUCCCAGUCAUUGGUGGUCAUGCAGGAAAGACAAUCAUCCCAGUCAUUUCUCAGUGUACACCAAAAGUGGAGUUCCCACAGGACCAGCUGGCUGCUCUCACUGGGCGCAUUCAAGAAGCUGGCACAGAAGUUGUCAAAGCUAAAGCUGGAGCAGGCUCUGCUACCCUUUCGAUGGCCUAUGCUGGUACUAGAUUUGUCUUUUCUCUCUUGGAUGCCAUGAAUGGCAAGGAAGGUGUGAUUGAAUGUUCCUUUGUGAGGUCUGAAGAAACAGCAAGCCCGUACUUCUCCACACCACUCUUGCUUGGGAAAAAUGGUAUUGAAAAGAACCUGGGACUGGGCAAGCUAUCUCCUUUUGAAGAAAAACUGGUAUCUGAAGCAAUGGACGAGUUG